AGAAUCAUGGAGACCUCCAGGACUAAAGGGCACGUAAAGCGGCUGGUGGGCGGCGAGGAACCCUGUGACGCCUUAGAUUCGGAAUGCGAAGGCUCCGUAGCAGCGGAGGAGAAGCCCUUUGAUGUGAUGGAACGCCGGGAACGUGAACGUUCUCGGGGCGGGGCAAUGGCGAACGAACGCUCUGCAGCCUAAUGAAGCAUUUGACGUCAUGAUGUGAAGUUUGGCUUUUACAGUAUGGUAAGGAGGAGGACAUUAGCCACCUAAUGGUGCAGCGCUGGGGAGCAACCUGCCUAGAGAACAGGAGGCUGUUGGUUUGAAUCCCCGCUGGUGUGUUUCCCCGACUAUGGGAAACUCCUAUAUCAGGUCUCUGUUAGGAAUUGGUGAAUCUCUUGUUGUCCUAGGAGGAACAGAUCAAAGCCAUGCCCCUCUCUACACAAGCUGAAAUGGGAGAAGACAAGUACGUUUUUGUUGCCAGCCUUGACAAUGUCAGAAACCUCUCCAAUAUCCUGAAAGCCAUUCAUUUUAGAGAUCAUGCUACCAGUUUUGCAACUACAAAUGGACUCAAGGUCACAGUGGAAAAUGCAAAGUGUCUGCAGGCAAACGCUUUUAUUCAGGCAGGAAUUUUCCAAGAAUUUGUGGUACAAGAGGAAUCUGUGAUGUUCAGAAUCAAUCUUUCUGUUCUUUUAGACUGUUUGACCAUCUUUGGCACAAGUUCUUUGACAGGAAGUCAAACUGCCCUUCGGAUGUGCUAUCGGGGUUAUGGGUACCCUCUGACACUCUUCCUGGAGGAAGGAGGUGUUGUGACUGUGUGUAAAAUCAACACCCAGGAACCUGAAGAAAUCCUCGAUUUUGACUUCUGCAGCACAAAUGUUGUGAACAAAAUUAUCCUGCAAUCUGAGGGUCUGCGGGAGGCGUUUUCUGAACUAGAUAUGACCAGUGAGGUGCUGCAGAUCACAAUGUCUCCAGACAAGCCUUAUUUCAGGUUGUCUACUUUUGGGAAUUCAGGAAGUGCCCAUUUUGACUACCCCAAAGAUUCUGAUCUAAUUGAAGCUUUUCACUGUAAUGAGAUCCAGACAAACAGAUAUAAGAUCUCAUUACUCAAGCCAUCAGUUAAAGCACUAGCCCUAUCUUGCAAAGUCUCUAUUCGGACAGACAACCGAGGUUUUCUCUCACUGCAGUACAUGAUCAGGAAUGAAGAUGGACAGAUCUGUUUUGUGGAAUAUUACUGUUGCCCUGAUGAGGACAUUACUGAAGCAGAAAUAUAGCUGUCUGAUAAACACUCCCCACCACACACACACCUUCAUUAAAAAGCUAUCUAGAAUAUCCAGUUGUGAAUGGAAGCUUUUGAAGAAAACCUCAUAAGACCAGAGUCUCCUCCCUGCAGCCUUUUAAAAAAAGAAAAAAGAAAACAUGGAAGAAGAAGAUUCCAGUCAUCUCCUGUCUGGAGGGAAAAUCUGAGGAACGGGAAAAUGCUAUGUAGGCCUUGGCCUUUUGUUGAGCAGGAUAAGUGUCAUCUGUGUGGUGAUGCUUUUGGAGCCAGAAACCUGCAAUGCCAUUUUGACAUUUUUUGGUGCAAAUAGUAAAUAUUAUAUUGGAAUAUGGAUUGAAAAGGCCUUGAGAAAAGACACUGCUCUGACUUUGUGUUACAACCUGUAGUGUGCCUUUCAGCCUCACGACGUAAUGGGGCAUCUCAGGGAGCCAAGAACCUGUUCCAGGAAAGUGGUCCAGAGCUUAAUGUGAACUAGAGGAAUUGUAGUUUCUUGAAGCAGAGGAAACUUAUCAACAGGUUAUAAAUGGUUGGAAAAGUGGACGAGUAUCAGUGUUUUCUGUAAUGGGGAUUCUCAGAUACUGUUGACUUCAACUUCCAUCAUCCCCAGCCAAAGGACAUUGCAGCUGGGGAUGAUGGGAGUUGUAGUCAACAACAUCUGGGAAUCCCUGUUACAGAGAACACUGAUCGGUAUUCUUCAAGGGCCAAUUUUUGACUAGGCAUUUGAGUCUUGCUCUCCCUCCCCACGAUAAGUUAUUUACAAAUUUACUGGGAGGCUUUUGGCAAGUCACUGUCCCUCAUCUUUAGCUGGGCCAUCUGUUAGUUAAACUAUCUCUAAACAUCCCCAGUGUCUGCAAGAGCAUUGCUGAGUUUCUCUCUCUCUCCACCCUGAAUUGCUUCACUUUUGUGGGCAAGAGAGGGACCCUUAGAAAGAUCAAAGAUAUGUAACGGUAAUUGACAGUGUUUGGGAAACCUGUGACCAGUAAUCUGAAUUCCCCUUCACCCUGGGAAUACCAGUAAGAAAAAGCAUAUCUCAGUGCACAAGUAGAGACCAUUGAGACAUCAGCAGCCUGCAGACCAAUCCUCUUCCUCUGCCCUCCUCCCCAAUUCUUGAGCCUGGCUGCAAUUUUCAAAUAUUCCUACAUUUUGCUUGAUGUAUAAUAAAUGUGCAGUAGAAAUUAAUACUAAAUUAACUUUUACUAAUUAAUACUUUAAUUUACUUAAUACUAAAAUUACUUUUCUGAGCAAAACACUCAAGUAGGUACUACAGGCAGGCUAUUUUUGCUGCACAUUCCAGUGACUGAUGUACAUUCCAGUGUUAUGAGGGUCUUGGCAUCUCCUCUCUUCUAUUUCAUAGGUUUGGUUCCUUCGAGUACACCAGGAGACCUGCAAUAAAGGAAGCAAAAACUCUUCUCUGAAUAGCUUUUUGCACUUAGGCUGAGCAUUGUUUUUACACUCUUAACAACAGAAAUAGCAGUUCCUUAGCUAGUCAAAUGACUUAAACCUUAUUUUUAUGCUGUUCCAUUUUGCUUGCUCUUAAGAAAGUGAUAGAAAGCAAUAAGCUGCCUGGGUUUUCAAACUUACCUCUUUGUUGGGUAAGACUGAAUAGUUCUCUCACACAGCAUGAGCAGCGUGGACCAAGCUGGGGAAAGCUAAUCACUUUCACUGCAGACCAUGAUGUUGGUUCUUCAUACCUGCUAUGUGUAUGCUGAGACUGGUACCAGGUUGGACACUGACAUGCUACAUCGGAGCACUUUAGUAUUACCCCUGCAGAGGCAGAACUGAUGGACAGCUGUGGGUUUUGAUAUUGGGUGAUGGAAUCAGUAACCAUUUAGGGUACCAAUCCACUUGGAGUCACGUGUAAUGACUGAUGGUCUAUGCUGUGUAUCCCCAUUCGCAUCAAAAUACACCCAGCCCGUCCAAGAGGACUUGGAUGAGCUUCACACCACUGAUGGGGAUUUGCAUCCACAUCGGGGACAGAAAGCUGUGUACAGAUAAGUAUUUUUCAUGCCUGACUGGGAGGCAGGGCCUUUAACCAAUCUGACAGCAUAGGAGAUCUGGGAAGAAUGUACAAGAUGGUCGAUUAAUUUUCCAGACAUAGAAGAGUUCCCAGCUUAGCCUCCUAGUUGCCAGGAGGCCUUUUAUAAAUCCUCCCACAUCAGAAAAGGCCUAAGCCUGGACAUUCUAUUGCCUUUGAUUUUCCUCCUCCAUUACCACUAAAAUAACUAAAUAAGCCAACUUACAUCUUCAGCAUGUCCAGGAGCUUUUGUAUCUCUUUAGAUUUCCUAUGUCGAGGCCCAUAAACAGCAGUCUGGAUCUGCACACACUGCAUGGAUGUACAAUACAAGAAAAGAUGGGUUUUUGUUGGUUUUUUACCGCCUUGCUGUAAAGGUCAGGAUUCUUUACCUAGUGUAUAGGUUCGUCCACAAGACUGCCAGCAGGGUAAGAGAGCCAGAUGCACUCCUGACUGACAGUCGUUUGAACUCCAAACAUUUAAGGUAGGAGGUGGGGAGUGUGAUCAUGUGUGGGAUGGCAGCUGGGUAGGAUGAGCACAUCCUACCCAGAUUCCGUCCCCAGCAUUUUACAGAGGUAGGAGGAAAAGCCAUCCUACUGUAAACAGGUACCUUAAAUAAAGACAUACAAUAAUGUGUCUCCUACGUUGCUGGCACUGGCAGUCAUGUGAACAAGCCUUAUGUGGGUGGGGAGGGGAGAAUGCAUCUUAAGACCUAUCCUGCUCUGCAAGAAGUUUACCUUGCUGAUGUGUCAGUGGGAUCAGGAAGGCAACCAUCCCUAUAUUAAGAAAACCUUUAAAAUGCCAAAUAAAACUUUCUAGCUGGA